AUGGUCCCAAGAAACAAAUAUGAGCGCCAGCUUAGAGCACUUCGAGUCCCCGGAGGGGUCGGAACGACGGCAGAUUACAAAUUGCAUAAACUUCGACGCGAUGCGUUAGCGCCCUUUUUUGGUAAACGGAAUGUGCUUUUCUUUGAACGCCACAUAUUAAAAAAGGUCGACCAGUUGUGUCAAUUGAUUGCGAGACAUGCAUCGUCGGAAACCCCAGUCAAUUUAUCAGAUGUGUUCUUUGCCUUCUCCAAUGAUGUGGUUACCAACUUUUUAUUCGCCCACCAGACGGAUAUUCUGGGGGAUGAAAUCAAAGCAGCCGAGCUUCGUCGCAAUAGCAAGAGCCUGUUACAGGGAAUCCACUUGAAUAAGCACCUGCCCUGGAUUCCGGACUUCUUGGAGUCUCUUCCACAUUCAAUCAGCAGACCAAUGAUGCCUCCCGGUUUGAUUGACUUGUUGCAUCUGUUUGAUAGAGUGCGGGCAGAACUGGUCGAGAUCAUGAACUCAAAACAGUCCAGAGAUAGCGGUGAUAAACUCCUCGGACCAACCGGCAAAGAGUCUGUGUAUGAUUCUGUUUUAGAUGAACCUUCCUUGCCAGACUCCGAAAAAACUCUGCUUCGACUAGAACAAGAGGGUGCGCUACUUGUCCUAGCGGGAGCUGAAUCGCCUGCUCAAACGCUCUCGAUCAUAUUUUACCACAUAGUGGCAAAUCCUAUAAUUUAUGAUAAAUUGCGCGCUGAGCUCAGCACCGCUCCAAGUGCCGGUAGCUGGACCGAACUGGAAAAGCUGCCAUACCUGUCUGCCGUGAUUGAGGAGGGCAACCGUCUCUCUUUUGGCGUGACAGCCCGGACUGCGCGCAUUGCCCCGGAACCAUUAACUUACACUCCAUCUUCACACGUCAAAUCUCCAAGGACAGGUUUUCAAGCAUAUACUAUACCACCGGGAACCCCGAUAAGCAUCUCCACUUUGAGUGCGCACACUGCCGAGUCGGUCUUUCCUGACCCAUUUACCUUCGAUCCGGAGCGCUGGCUUGGAGAAGAAGGACGACAACGCCGCAAAUUCCAAAUGGCAUUCUCCAAAGGCGGGCGGAAAUGUUUAGGGAUUGAGCUAGCUCGUGCAGAGCUCUACCUUGUGAUCGCGGCACUGGUUCAAGGGUUCAACAUGACACUCUGGAGGACGGAUGCAAGUGAUGUGGCAUUCCAACAUGAUUACCAAGUGGCGAUGCCAAAGCUAGACUCUGAGGGAGUCCAGGUGAAGUUGACACGGGCAGGGCCCGGAAUGGAAAUAUGA